CUACUUUUUUAACACUUCCUUGCUCCUUCCAUAUAGCCAUAGCCAUAUUGUGGCAAAGGCACAAUCUUUGCUUAAAGAUUCAUUUUAUGAUGAGACAUGGUGGGUUUAAGUAUAGUUCUUGAGGCACAAAAGAGUGGUAGUGUUAACAGCAAAACCCCACAAGUUAUCAACAAGGCUACCAUGAUGAUGAUGAUGAUCAGCAACAAACCUUCUUCCGGCCCUCCUAGUUUUUCUUCUGCAACUGCUCCUUUACCUUCUUACAGAAACUGUUCUUUUCCAGUCCCUGCUUUUCUUCAACAAUGCUUUCUCUGUGGGCAGAAACUCUUGCCUGGAAAAGAUAUAUACAUGUACAAAGGGGACAGGGCUUUUUGUAGCGUGGAGUGCAGGUGCAGGCAGAUAUUUAUGGACGAGGAAGAGACAAUAAGGAAAGAGAACUGUUCAUUCUCUGCAAUGAAACCAACUGGUUCUGCUGCUGCUUCUUCCUCCUCCUCCACUAAAAGCACUUCUACAACUCCUGCUUAUCGUCACCGCAAAACCACAAGAAACCGAGCGGGUGGUUUUGCUUACUGAGAGGGGGGAAAGGGAGGCCUCGGUGGUGCUGUUUUUUCUUCUUCUAGUUUUGCCCUUGUUACUUUUUUGUAAUGACAUUUCUAUCCUUUUUCGUUUGGGUAAACUAUGAAGCUGACAAGGGUUUUUAAUUAA